ACGACGACGACGAUGUCGCCGAAGUUGAUAUUUCUGCUGGGAUCUUUGUGUCUACUCGUCGGGACACAGGUUAGAGCGCAAGAUGAGGAAGGCGCCGACGGAGUUGACGCAAAUGCAGAGGAACUUUGUCAGGACAGGCCGGGCGACGAAUACUUUCGCUUGAGCGUUGAAGGAGACUGUCGCGAUGUCGUGAGGUGCGACAAAGCCAGCGAGAUUGGAGUAACGAGGCUGGCGACGGUGCGGUGCCCCACGGGUCUUGCGUUCGACAUCGAGCGGCAGACCUGCGACUGGAAGACGAAUGUGAAGAACUGCGAUCAGCUCGAGAAGCCGCGUAAGGUCUUGCCCAUCCUUAAAACCGACGAACCCGUUUGUCCGGAGGGGAAAUUGUCGUGCGGUAACGGCGAAUGCGUCGACAAGGAGCUCUUCUGUAAUGGCAAACCCGACUGCAAGGACGAGUCCGACGAGAACGCCUGCACUGUGGAGACCGAUCCCAACCGUGCUCCAGAUUGCGAUCCCACGCAAUGCGUCCUACCUGAUUGCUACUGUUCGGCCGAUGGUACCCGUAUCCCUGGCAACAUCGAUCCCCAGCAAGUGCCGCAGAUGAUCACUAUCACUUUCAACGGCGCUGUGAAUGUGGAUAAUAUCGAUCUGUACGAAGAGAUCUUCAACGGACAACGUCAAAAUCCGAAUGGCUGCCAGAUCCGUGGUACAUUCUUUGUUUCUCACAAGUACACCAACUAUUCGGCGGUGCAGGAUCUUCAUCGACGUGGACAUGAGAUCGCAGUGUUUUCAUUGACUCACAAGGAAGAUCCGCAAUAUUGGAGCCAGGGUACGUACGAUGACUGGCUGGCAGAGAUGGCUGGUGCCAGGCUGAUCAUCGAGCGUUUUGCUAAUAUCACCGAUGGCUCCAUCAUUGGUGUGAGGGCUCCUUAUCUCAGAGUCGGUGGUAACAAGCAGUUUGAGAUGAUGGCCGAUCAAUUCUUCGUAUAUGACGCCUCCAUCACUGCGUCUCUGGGACGCGUACCAAUUUGGCCGUACACGUUGUACUUCAGGAUGCCUCACAAAUGUAACGGCAACGGCGGUAACUGCCCGUCAAGGUCGCAUCCAGUUUGGGAGAUGGUGAUGAACGAACUGGAUCGCAGAGACGAUCCCACCUUUGAUGAGUCCUUGCCGGGUUGUCAUAUGGUCGACUCCUGCUCCAACAUCCAGACUGGCGAACAGUUCGCUCGUCUGCUCAGACACAACUUCAACAGGCACUUCAAUAGCAACCGGGCGCCACUCGGUCUGCACUUCCAUGCAUCCUGGUUGAAGAGCAAGAAAGAAUACAAGGAUGAGCUAAUUAAGUUCAUCGAAGAAAUGAUCGCCAGGAGCGACGUAUACUUCGUCACUAUGGUUCAGGUGAUUAAGUGGAUGCAACAGCCCACUGAGCUCUCCGCGCUUAGAGAUUUCCAGGAUUGGAAAGAGACCUGUGACGAGAAGGGUUUGCCCUACUGCUCGUUGCCCAAUGCUUGCCCUCUGACGACCAGAGAAUUACCCGGCGAAACUCUGCGUCUCUUCACCUGCAUGGAGUGCCCCAAUAACUAUCCGUGGUUGUUGGACCCAACCGGCGACGGCUUCUCCGCGAGAAAGUGAUUCAUCAUUCGCGAAACGAGCGACGCGUCAACGCGUCAGCCGAUCAAACGAUCGGAUUAUCCAGAGAUUGAUCAUUUUUCCGGCAAGUCCGGGAAUCACGUCGGAUAAGACGUGGUAAUCGACCACGGCAAACCGAUCGGAACAAGGGCGCGGCUAUGCAAGAUACAAAGAAAGCAAUCGGGCGAUGAGUGCGUUGAGACGCAAAAUUUUGGAUGGAUCACGGAAUCGUCUUAUCACGAUUAGAAAGUGUUACCUUGGCCGUUUGAAGAUCGGGCCGUAAUACUAAUAUUAAAGUGAAGCGAAGCGCCUCUGUUUUCGCAAAGGGAAACGUACCGCGUCCGGUUUCUCUUCCGCGACUCGACUAUAAUUAUUAUUAUUUAUGUAAAUUAAGAUCGGUCAAACGCAUAUCGCCGCAUACGGUCGCGAGGAUCGAUUGAUUUCUCGAGGAAAUGCUAUCGCGUACGAUCGCCAAUGAAACUUGCGGGGAAAAAGCUCGUCCCCUUCCUGCCCGCGUGAUGAGAGUGGCGAGAGCCUGCACAUCUUGAUACGCGACUCACGAAAAUUGAUGCUCGACGAGAACGAGACAAUCCCGGAGACUUCCCACUUGUACAUAAUCACCGGAUCCUUGCCCUCCCAAUUCUCGUCCUCGUUGCUUUUUAGAAACACUUGUAGGCAGAAUGAUAACGGAGUCUCGCGGCCGAUGAAGCGAAAGAUGAAAAGUUGAACCAUCCCGUGCCUCUCUGAAUACAUACUCUGUAGAAUUUAAGUGACGCGCGACAUUCUAAGUACAU